AUGAUUCAGAAUUUAUUGGUUGACGGUCGUGCUCGGGUCUUGGAAACGCUCCAAAGGGGUUACGCGCCCAGCCAUUUCUCUCACAACCUGGAGCUGAUCUUCGUCAAAGACAGCAGAAGCUCGGCUUCGGCCUCAAUGAAGACCAAGAUUGCCAGCACUCGCGAAAGAUCUGCUCGUAUACGAACUCUGGAUCCACGCACACUCAUUUGGUGGGCUACGGCAUUUCCGAUGAGGCAUUGGUCAGGAGGGAGGAAAAUUAGCAGCUCCACCUUCGAUGGCUUGAUCAGAUAUGCCCCUAGAUGUGCGGCUCAGGCAGCAUCGUUGCUUCCAGCGGUGGCUGCUGAUUUGGAUCGGUUGCGGCAAAAGCAUGCCAAGUGUACCAUGCUUCAAAUCUUCUUGGGUGCACUCUCACAAGAAGGGCGAUAUGUCAACUUCAGCGGAGCUCGAUAUGAGUCUCUCCAGAGACUUCCUGAUCUUCUUCUCUGUGGUAUGGAAAGCUCACGGAAGUACCAAGAAGAAAAACAGAAGACUGCGCCGCUAUCCACUGCGCUCAAGAUCUUCGUACCCACAAAUCCUAACCAAGACGAUGCGUAUUUGUUACUCCCUGUCGGAGUUGGCCAAGUAUGGUCUAUUUUGCACGAACUUGGGGUGGUAGAGUAG